AUGACGAUGGACGUGAGCAAGUCGGAGCCGAAUAAAAAUGGCACCACGCAGCAAGAAUGCGCUGGAUGUGGGAAAGCGAUCACGGAAAGGUAUCUCCUCAGGGCCUUGGACCUGUUCUGGCACGAGGACUGUCUGAAGUGCGGGUGCUGCGACUGUAGGUUAGGAGAGGUCGGUUCUUCUCUGUUCACCAAGGCCAACCUUAUCCUCUGUAAGAGGGACUACCUCAGGCUGUUCGGGAACACGGGAAACUGCGCGGCGUGCAACAAGCAUAUACCGGCGUUCGAGAUGGUCAUGAAAGCCAGGACGAAUGUUUAUCACCUCGAUUGUUUCGCCUGUCAACAGUGUACACAUCGGUUUUGCGUGGGCGAUCGAUUCUAUCUGUGCGAGAAUAAAAUCCUGUGCGAGUACGACUACGAGGAGAGGUUCGCGCCCACCAAUAUGCCACCACAAACACCCGCCUCGAUGGCGUACAUCAAAAGGCAACUGCCCCCAGCGCCGACACCGCCUGGCCAGAACAUGCAUCCGGGUCACAAUCCGCUGCAACCUCAUCAGGCACUUGGCCAGUCGGUGGGUCAACAUAAUCACGUGUCGAACGGUCAGAUGCCGGGGGGCACGCCAACGGUGAACGGGACAGCCAUAGGCGUCGGUGGUCCCAGGGCUCCUGGGGAUAUGAACAACAACGGGCUAUCGGGUCCGGCACUCGGUCCGGUUAAGCCACCGCCGAUGUCUAUGCAGGCGCCGACCAGCUGAAACGAGGUGUCACCCCCCCUGAAGAAGCUCAGAUGUCUCAGCGGUUAUUGAGGCUGUCGACGCUCACCGACGACCAGACACGAACCGGGGAAGAGAAAUGAGCGGGAUUGGACGAGGGCUGAACAACGUCGCGACCAAGUGAAUA